AUGGCAAAUAUAGCAAGGGCUAUCGCUUUGAUCCUCGCAGUUUCCUCCGCGCAGGCUCAAUUUGCCCCCUCCCCUGGCGAGACCGCCUUUCGAAAGUACACUCUCGAUGACAUCGUGCCCACCACUGACCAAACUUCUGGACACGUCAAAUGCUGUCCUGCAGGCACCGAAUUCGACGGCCAGGGCUGUGUCCUCAAUGCUCCUAUCUGCCCUGAUGGGAGCACUCGCGAUGGUGACAAGUGUGUCUUUCACACGAAGCCCUCGUGUGAUGUAGGAUACGAUUUCAAAAACGGCUUUUGCAUCACCAACAAACCUCCUACCUGUGAUCAUGGGACUAUCCUGAAGGGCAAUUACUGUGUCCUCGAAGGUGCCGCAAACUGUGAGACUGGGUUCAUUUUGCAAGGCAACAUCUGCGUUUCCCCCAAGCCACCCGUCUGCCCCGAUGGCGGGCACUUCAACGGAAAAUCGUGUGCCACUCUCAAAGGACCAAAGUGCCAGGAUGGAGCUAAGCUCGAAAAUGGCGUAUGCAUCGACAACAACUCUCCCGCAUGUCCCAAAGGAACCUCUUUCGACAACACGAGCUCUCGAUGCAUUUCAGAGCAAGCACCACGCUGUCCAGAUUAUACCGUUCUUCAAAACAAACAAUGCAUUUCGAAUACCGGACCCAUCUGCCCUGAUGGUGGCACUUUCAACCCCAAGAUUCAAUCAUGUGCUAUCUUUGGAAAGCCGCAGUGUCCUGCUGGAACCCAACUGGAUGACAAGAAAUGUAUCUACGUCGGCCAAUUGGAGUGCCAGCCGGGCACGAGUCUUUCGAUUGACAAGGCGCAAGGCACUUCCCGCUGCUGUCCAGUUGCCACGACUUGGGAUGGGAAAGUAUGCGUCACAAAGCCAAUCGAUGGCAAAUGCCCCGACGGCAGUGCUCCGAUCAAUAAUCGCUGCGAGAAGCAUUCCAAUCCCCAGCCGCGCUGUCCCCCAAGCUACAAGCUCGAGAACACUCGCUGUGUUUCGCAAGAGCCACCAGAAUGCUCGCCAGGCUCCUAUCUUGACGGCGAUAAAUGCACUUUCACAAGGAAGGCAGAGUGUGUCCCAGGCAUGCUCUUGAUUGGUGACAGCUGUGUGCUCCAAGAGCCUCCAGCCUGCCCUGUCAACACCAAGUUUGAGGGUAACAAAUGUGUCACAUAUGUGCAACCAUCUUGUGACGAAGCCGCAAAAUGGGAUGGCACGCGUUGUGUCAUCAGCGAUCGUGCCGACUGUGAGGAGGGUAUCCAGCAAGGUGACGACUGUAUCACAGGGAGCCAGCCACAAUGCAAAGAGGGAGCCACAUACGACGGUGCCAGAUGUGUGUCGAAUACGGCUCCCAAUUGCCCUCUGGGAUCUGUCCUCAAUGGUGACGGGUUGUGUCUUACCGGAAACCCUCCACAAUGUCCUCCCAACAGUAAGUUUCAGGAAGGAAACUGUGUUUACGGUGUUCCCAGCUGCGCCCCCGGUCAAGUUUUAACCAACAAACGUUGUGAAAGCGUUGAAACCCCCCAAUGCCCCAAGAGUUUCUCCUGGAAAGGAGGAAAAUGCCUUCGAAUCGUUGAGGAACACUGCGAGCCUGGCUAUAACCUUAGAGAUGGCCAAUGUAUCUCCAGUGCAACACCCGAUUGCGGAAACCUGCUUUUCAACGGCAGGGCGUGUAUCAGUGGCGAGGCUCAUUGCCCCGAAGGAACCUACCUCGAUGGGGAGAGCUGCGUAUCCGUCAUCGAUCCCCAAUGCCCACAAGGUCUUAAGUUUGAUGGGAAGAAGUGCAUAACUGAGAUGACUCCUCAGUGUCCGCCUAGGACUGUCUAUGACAAGUCCAGCCAAGAUUGUAUCUCGGUCACGGCGCCCAGAUGUCCUGAAAACGAAGUGUUUAACGGUAAACAUUGUGCCAUUGCCACCGGCGAUUGCAUGAACUUCCAGUUCUGUCCCACCGAGUCGUAUGGAAAAGGCAACGGUUUUCAGGGACAACCAAUAACUGUUCCUGUGAGUCAGGUCCCUGUCACAGGAGGCCAGGUUAACACCGGAGCCCAAGGCCAAUACAACAUGGGCGGCUGGGUUGAGAAACCAGAUACUGGAGCUCCAGGCCAGUACAACAUGGGCUACUCUGGGCAACCAUAUGCUGGAGCCCCAGGCCAAAACAACAUGGGCGGCUGGGUUGAGAAACCAGAUACUGGAGCUCCAGGCCAGUACAACAUGGGCGGCUGGGUUGAGAAACCAGAUGCUGGAGCCCCAGGCCAAAACAACAUGGGCUGGCGCGAGUAA